GCCCACCACGGAGAGACCUCAUCCCCCUCCUCCUACCCACGCCCAGCCAAACGCAGCCAACUGACGGCACGCUACGCUACAAACAGUGAGCGUGAGCCCGGAGUGUGAGUACGGAGUGGUGAGUGAGAAGAAUGGGGAAGGGGAAGAAGCUCGCACUCCCUGCGGCGGCGCCGCCGCUGGUGCUGGCAGUGCUGCUGCUCUCCUCCCUCCACGGCCGCUGCUCCGCCGCUGAGGAGGUGGAGGAGGCCAGUGCCAGCCUGGACACGGGCGUGGUCGGCGGCGAGGCCGGCCUGCUCAACUCCAGCGCCGUGUCCAUCGGGCAGUCCGGCGUCGCCCGGGCCACCUGGUACGGCGCGCCCAACGGCGCCGGCCCCUACGACAACGGCGGCGCUUGCGGGUUCAAGAACGUGAACCGCUACCCGUUCAUGGCCAUGACCUCCUGCGGCAACCAGCCGCUGUUCAAGGACGGCAAGGGCUGCGGCGCGUGCUACAAGAUCAAGUGCACGAAGCACAAGGCGUGCUCCGGGCGGCAGGAGACGGUGGUGAUCACGGACAUGAACUACUACCCCGUGGCGCCCUACCACUUCGACCUCAGCGGCACCGCCUUCGGCAAGCUCGCCAAGCCCGGCCGCAACGACGAGCUCCGCCACGCCGGCAUCAUCGACAUCCAGUUCACCAGGGUGCCUUGCGAGUUCCCGGGGCUCAAGGUGGGCUUCCACGUGGAGGAGGGGUCCAACGCCGUGUACAUGGCCAUCCUGGUGGAGUACGAGAACGGCGACGGCGACGUGGUGCAGGUGGACCUCAUGGAGUCCGGCCGCGGCCGGCGGGGAGGCGGCGGCGGGCGGUGGACGCGGAUGCGCGAGUCGUGGGGCUCCAUCUGGCGCCUCGACUCCAACCACCGCCUCCAGGCGCCCUUCUCCCUCCGCAUCCGCAACGAGUCCGGCAAGACGCUCGUCGCCCGCAACGUCAUCCCCAAGAACUGGAGGCCCAACACCUUCUACCGCUCCAUCGUCCAGUACAGCUAGACCACCAUUGACGGAGGAACGAGUCCGUUGCAGAGCUCUGUUUUGGCGGGAGUUGAUGCAUGCUGUUUUGGCGGGAGUUUUAAUUAAUUAAUUAAUUAAUAUUCUCAAGUUGUAUCGUGGGAAAUAGAGGAGGCACCCAAGCGUGCGUGUUCAAGCACGCUGGCUCUCCCGCCCACUUUAUUAGUCGUCGUCGUCCUAUUAAUGGUUUCAGACUUUGCGGGUGCAUCUGCUGCAUGCAACCUAAUACUUAUAUGUAACUGCAUGCUCUGUAUCCAUGAUCACAUUUAUGUAGUAUGUGUGAAUCAUGCAUCAUCACAUCGGUCGGAUCAGACUGAGCAAGGCUAUGUAUAAAUGUUCCUGCCUUUUAAUUUCUUUCGGUACUUGAUUUCUA